GAGGCGCCCUGAACCAGCACCCCGUGGCACUGGCCGCCUACAUCCUGGAGAAGUUUAGUACGUGGACUCAUAAGGACAAUGUGUUCCUGCCUGACGGAGGCCUUCUGCAGGAGGACUUCCCCAUCAGCCUGGACUUGCUCCUCGAUAACGUCUGUGUCUACUGGUUCACAGGCAGCAUCACCUCAAGCAUGCGCUAUUACGCUGAAAACCUCGGCAGUCGAAACUCCGCUUUUGCCACAGAGAAUAACCCUUGCCGAGUGCCAGCAGGCCUGGCCGCCUUCCCUCAAGAGAUUUCCAACACCCCAGAGAGCAUCGCGGCCCACAAGUUUUAUGACAUCGUAAGCUACACCGAUCAGGAGGCAGGCGGCCACUUUCCGGCCCUGGAGCGACCUGCUGACCUGGCCCGUGACGUUCACCGCUUCGUGACCGCCGUGGAAGCAAGGCGACGCAUGAUCCCGGUGUAGAAGGUCAAAGGUCAAGGGUCAAUGGGCUUGCUUAGUGUCUCCACUUAUUUUGAGAAAAAAGAGUAUUUGUUAAAGAUAUUUUUUUUCUUUUCUCUUUUUUUUUUGUUCUUCGAUAAUAAAGAUCAACGUUAUUGUUUAA